AUGACCAGCGCAGACGACGUGCCGUUCGAGACGCGGGUUGCGCGGGUGCGUGAACGCGUCAAUUUCUGCUGCGCCAACAAGUCGCCAUGCUACGUAUCUAGCUUGGCAAAGACAAUGACCGACCUCUCCAACUCCCAGCGGCGCCAGACCACGCUGCGCAUUGUCGAGUUGCUCAAGCGCGACAAGUCGCUGCAGUUCAAGAUCGAUACGAUUGGGCGCGAGUACAUUGUUUCUCGAACGGCGGGAGCCUCAAUGCUGCCCCUCCCACCCCCAAGCACCCCACGCCGCGUCGCGCUGUCCCCUCCGAUGCCACCGUCGUUGCCAAUGCCAGCACUUCCGGGAACGUUUGUCAUGAUCACGACGCUUCUCCACCUUCAGACGCUCGUGGCGUCGGCGGACCUUGUCACACACAAUGGGCCGAUCGGCGUUGACAUAUUGGGGCCGACCGCCGCGCUGGCGGUGCUGCAGCUCACUGUGGGUAGCACGGUCUUCUUCGUCGACUGCAAGUUGAUCUCGCCAGCUUUGGUGUGGCACGAGCUGCGUGCGACUCUGCAGAAUCCAUUUGUGCCAAAGCUCGCCUUUGACGUGUAUACCUUUGGGCUCCUCUUGGGGGCACUGGCUGAGUCGGCGACGGUGUGUCCUUUGACGGCCGUUCUGGACCUCGAGCUGGCACUGGAAGCCAAGACGGGUGUCGCUAGCGACGACGCGUUUCACGCGCUGCUCCUAAUGCUUGGGAUGGAGCCUCCGCCGCAGAAACACUGCCACGCACGCGCAGCAACAGCGCUCGGUAACCGCCCCCUCUCGCACGACUUGCUCGAGGCUGCCACCUGGCACAGUCUUCUGCUUCAGCAAGCCUACGUGAAGCUCCAGCCGUGGCUGUGCGCCACGUCGGACCGACUGGCGCAGUUGGAAGACGCGUCCUCCGUGCGCAUCACGGCCGCCUUGACAUCGUCCGUGCGCCAAGUCGCGUUUGACGCGGUGUCGCAACAGCUGGCGUCGGUCGAGCUCCUACCCCCGAGCCGAAUGGACGCUUCGAAGACUUUGGUUCUUCAUCAAGACGAUGUGACCAAUGUGAUUUCGAGUCUGUUGCCGGCGCCGUGGGCCGCCCAGCUCUUGGCGCCCGAGGUGCUACCCCACGUGCACGACAUUGAUCUCGACGUUGGUCGGCGUCCGUGGGCGUGGGUCGACCCCACGGCGGUGGUCGGUGUCGACGACGUUGCGCGUGUUGUAGCGACGGUCGGAGGCUUUGGCACGGACAACCGAGCAGGUCUCGCGCGGCAACUCCACCGGGUUAGUGCGAUGCGCAACCGCAACGGUGACGUGAUUGGCGUCACAAUGCGGAUUGGCCGCUACAUGGAAGGAUGUGCCGACAUGCUCGCCGAUAUCCUUGCCGACACGGCCAAGAACGUUCUCUUCCUUGGCGCGCCAGGGUGCGGCAAGACGACGCUGGUGCGCGACGUGGCGCGGCAUUUGAGCCAGCGCCAUAACGUGUGCAUCAUUGACACGAGCAAUGAGAUUGCUGGCGAUGGCGAUGUACCGCACCACUGCGUCGGCCUCGCCCGGCGCAUGAUGGUGCCGUGCUUGAACGCGCAGGCGGCGGUCAUGGUCGAGUGCGUCCAGAACCACACGCCCGAGGUGCUCGUGAUUGACGAGAUUGGCCGACCGACCGAAGUCGAAGCCGCGCGCACGUGUCAGCAGCGCGGUGUGCGUACGAUUGCGUCGGCCCACGGCACGCUACGUAAACUACUCAAGAACAAGCCAUUGCGAGCGCUUGUCGGCGGUGUCGAAGCCGUCACGGUCGGCGACGCCAAUGCGCGGAAAGGGCCCGAUGGCAGCGUGCAUAAGAUGUGUGCGGAGCGCAGUGACGCGCCCAUUUUCGACGUGGUUGUCGAGCUCGCCAAAGGCGAGUAUGAUACGUGGCGCGUUGUCCUCGAUGCCGCCGUCGCUGUCGACGCCAUUUUGCAAGGAAAAUCGUACGAGGUUCAGGUGCGGACGCGGUCGACGACGGCCUUCUCCGUGCGCAUGGAGCAAGCAUGA